GAUUGUCAGUCCGUAAACAACCCCUCGCAAUGUCAGAUCAACCCUCAAUACCAGUUGGUUGCCCCAACGUGACGUAAGCGGAAUUUUUCGUGCGUGGUUUCCGUAAUUUUCCUUUUUUUUACUUAUUCAUAUUAAUUCCUGUUUCUAACAUGGUUUCUAACUCUCGCGGUAACCAUGUGUUGGUUUGGGAGCAGCCGGGCUUAGAAGAUCAAAGGCCGAAGGUGUAUAAAGGUGGCUUGGGAACUCGUCACUGGGUGACGUUCAUGCUGUUCUUAGGGAUGGCUAACGCUUACGUCAUGAGGACAAAUAUGUCAGUUGCUAUCGUUGCUAUGGUCAACCACACCGCACUGCCCGUUAGCCACGAAGCUAUGGACACCGAGUGUGGUGACGUCAGCCCUAAUUCCACGAAGGAUACUUUACAACAAGACGGCGAGUUUGUAUGGAGUUCUCCUCUCCAGGGCUACAUCCUUUCUUCUUUCUUCUAUGGCUACGUAAUCACUCAGAUACCCUUCGGUAUUCUCUCAAAGAGGUACGGAGCUCGUCUCUUCCUCGGAGUAGGAAUGUUGAUCAACUCUGUGUUCGGUCUACUAGUGCCUGUUGCAGCCAAAGCUGGUUAUCCUUGGCUUAUUCUCGUGCGAUUCAUACAAGGACUAGGAGAGGGACCAAUAGUGCCGUGCUCACACGCUAUGUUAGCGAAGUGGAUUCCACCAAACGAGAGAAGUCGGAUGGGAGCAGCUGUAUAUGCCGGAGCCCAAUUCGGUACAGUUAUCUCCAUGCCUCUAUCUGGUCUUCUCUCGGCCUACGGGUUCGCUGGAGGCUGGCCUUCCAUAUUCUACGUAUUUGGUCUGAUCGGGACUGUCUGGUGUAUUGCCUUCCUGCUCUUCGUGUCCGAGGACCCUGAACAGUGUCCGAGGAUCAAGGAAGCUGAGAAGAAAUACAUUUUGAACUCUUUGUGGGGCGCUGCUGGAUCUAGUUCACCACCAAUCCCAUGGAAGAAGAUUCUGAUGUCCAUGCCCUUCUGGGCUAUAAUGUUGGCACACAUGGGACAGAACUACGGCUAUGAGACCUUGAUGACAGAGCUGCCAACCUUUAUGCGACAAGUGUUGCACUUCUCUAUCAAAGAUAACGGUUUCGUAUCAGCUCUGCCCUACCUAUGCAUGUGGCUUUUCUCAAUGUUCAUCUCCGUGGUGGCUGACUGGAUGUUGUCAAGCGGACGAUUCAACCACACGCAAGUCAGGAAGAUUAUUAACAGUAUUGGUGAAUACGGUCCAGCAAUAGGUCUAUUCAUCGCUGCAAACACGGGCUGCAACCCAGCUGCGACCGUCGCUAUUCUCGCCGUUGGUGUUGGGCUCAACGGUGGUAUCUACUCAGGAUUCAAGGUGAACCAUUUGGACAUAUCGCCUCGUUUCGCGGGUAUUCUGAUGGCAUUUACAAACUGCUUGGCCAACCUAACGGGAUUGCUUGCACCCAUCAUCGCUGGAUAUAUCAUUGACGGAAACCCAUCACAAGCCCAAUGGAGAAUAGUAUUCUACAUCGCAGGCGGUGUUUAUAUAUUCUGUGCAACAUUCUACAACCUAUUCAGCUCUGGACGGCGGCAGGACUGGGACAAUCCUGCCGAAGACGACGCAAACGCGAAAAAAGCUGCAGAAAAGAAAGCAAGGAAAUCAGAAAGGAAAAACGCGAGUUACGAAAACACAGCUGAGACCGCGCAGUAGAAAAGUUCGAAACGCUCGGCGAACGCAACUGGUAAAUUAUCAUUUUUUGACAGCUCUUAGUCGAUUGUCAAUUUAUUGACGGCAAACUCCAAAACACACAAUUCAAAAAACAAACCCAAUAUGUUCGCCUCGAGCUGAAAUGAUACGAGUUACAAAGAUGCUUUUUAUGAGACUGUAGGAAUAUUUCUACUAAUUUAGUACAAUAUGAAAUUACUUUACAAAUUUGACACUGAUUUUAAAAAUAAAAAAAUGCUUAUGGUAAUUAAAUUAUAUUGUGAAAUUUUGGUUGUAUUUAUGGUUUAUGUUGCAUACAGUCAGUGUUGUAAACAACAAGAAGACGCACAUCAAUGAGGCUGUGAUAUUAUCUUGUGUAGUCCUUUGAGCUCGUAUCAUCUUGUUAAAUAUUUAUUAAUAAAGUGUUAGUUUAUUAACUACCAUAGAAGUAUUGUAUAGCUUGAGUGAAAGAUAUUUAUGAUCGUCAUAAGGUGAAUGUGAUGAAUUCGUUUGGUGAAUUUCGGGAAAGUUUGGAGUCUUGUCUUUUUGCAUUAAAAAUUUUCUACAAUACUCACGACAAAUCCCUUAAUCCACGGUAUCAUAUUUUGAAUAUUCUAAAUAUUUUUCAGUGCGCCGUGUUAUAUUAAAAAUAAAAUGUAUUUUUAAAAUGCAGAAUAAUUAUAUCUAAAUGUAAUAAUGACAAACAAAAUUUCCCAUUUUUAUCAAACUUGUAUUCUAUAAGUAUUUAUAUUGUGACGAUAUAAGGGUCCAAAUGUUUGUAUAAAUGUUUGUUGUCCAAGCCAGUGAUUUCUCACAAUCCUCGCAAUAAAAUAUUCAUAAACAAAGUGCAUUUCACGAAAUGGCAAGCUAAGCUUAAUAAUAAUAGACGAGACCAUCUGCAGAUGUAUACAUCCAUCCGCAUCAUGUUUUGUUGGUUUGUAAUUUGUAUCGGUUAAAUUCUGGCCAGGAAUGGAGUAUUGUGAAGUGCACUGGAGUUAAGAAAGUAUUAUUUUGUAUAUGCAAAUUAAUUGCAGCAUCUCGAAUAACAGAAAACCUAAACAAAACCAAAUCUAAAGAAUGUUUUAUUCAUUUUCACGUCUGAAUUAAGUAUGUGUCGCAAUUUUGGUUUUUGGCAAAUGAAAUAUUAAAAACAUUUACUUUAUGUUUGUGCCAAUAAUGAAUUUGAAUUUAUUAAAAUGUUAUGCGAAUUAUAUAAGUAAAUGUUGCACAACUAAGCAAUUAUUGUAAGACAAAUUAUAAUUUUAGUUUUAUGUAACUUGCGACGUUAUGCGUUGCAUGCUCGGAGCUGAUGUGAUCAUUUUAGAAUAUUUGAGCUAAAGUAGCUUAAAGUGUUUUACCAUAGACAAGAUGUUUUGUAUUUAUAAUAUUAUUGUAGGCUUAAAUGUAGGACGAUAUUGAAUUCAGCUUUUAAAACCAAUGGUAUGAAACAUACCAUUAUUCCAAUGUGAAUUAAAAAUUAUUUUAAAUAUAUUAUAUAAUAAUAUAGUGCCUCGUUACAUCGUUUCUAAAUAUCGGAUGAGUUUGUAAUAUUAACGUCUGGCCAAUAAAUACUGUCCAUUUAAAUAGGCUUAGUGAAUAUUAAUUAAAAUAAAUUUUAUAUCAUCAAACUUUUACAGCUUUUGAGAAAUAAAUCGAGGUUAAUA